AUGGCGCCACACACUGUCAAAUGGGGCAUCAUGGCCACUGGCUGGAUCGCCGAGACUUUCUGCAAGGAUAUUCUGACCAACCCCGCCGCUCGUGAUGUCACCGAUGUCGCCCACAAGAUUGUCGCCGUCUCCUCGUCCAGGGACGCCCAGAAGGCACGCGAUUUCAUUACCAAGAUCGACGGCCCUACGGACGCAGUCUGCUACGGCUCCUACGCCGAACUCGUCCGCGACCCCAAUGUCGACAUCAUCUACGUCGCCACCCCUCACAGCCACCACUUCCAGAACGCCAUGCUCGCCCUCGAUGCCGGCAAGAACGUCCUCUGCGAGAAGGCCCUGACCGUUACCGCUGAGCAGACCCGGCGUCUCAUCGAGACCGCUCGCGCCAAGAACCUCUUCUUCAUGGAGGCUGUCUGGACCCGCUACUUCCCCCUCAGCAUUAAGGUUCGCGAGCUCAUCUCGUCCGGCGCCAUUGGCCGUGUCUACCGCGCCACCGCCGACCUCUCCUUCAACAACAACACUGAAGACCCAGUCAAGCUGAGCUUCGCCGACUCCCACCGCAUGGUCAACCCCGAGCUCGCUGGCGGUGCGCUGCUCGACCUGGGUAUCUACUCCCUGACGUGGAUCUUCCAGUCGCUGUACCACCUGCAGCCCGAAGCUGAGAAGGAGUCACCCCAGGUCCUGGCGGCGGUGCAGAAAUACCCCGUCACCGGCGCCGACGAGUCGACCACCAUUCUCCUCAACUUCCCCAAGCACCAGACCACCGGUAUCGCCACGACUUCGCUGCGCGUGUCCACCGACCCCGAUGGCACCGGCAAGGCGGCGCCCGCCAUCCGCAUCCAGGGCUCCGAGGGUGAGAUUCAGGUUGCGCACCCCGCCUUCCGACCUCUUUCGUACAAGGUCGUCAAGAAGGACGGCACCGUCGAGGAAGUCGACUGCCCGAUCCCAACAGACCCGGGUCGCAACAACUGGGGCCACGGCAUGUACUGGGAGGCCGACGAGUGCGCGCGCUGCCUGCGCGACGGCAAGCUUGAGAGUUCUACGCUACCGCUGUCGGAGAGUCUCGUCAUCAUGGAGACGAUGGACAGUGCGAUCAAGCAGGGUGGUAUCCAGUACCCCGAGCUCAUCACCACCCACGAGUUCGACCCCAAGAGCCCUUUGAACUUGGGCAACGCUUAA